UUUAGAUGCAUGGUUAGGGCAGAGGAAGCAGAAUAAAUGCAAAUGAGACGAAAAGGGAAUGGUUGUUGGAAUUGAUGUGAGAUAUCCAAUUCCCACUAUAGAAUAGUUCGAAUAAAUAGGAUGCAGGAAUCAUGGCACAGACAGACUUUCAGGGAUUCAGGGAUUGCAUUGUAAUGCAUUAUAUUAGUAACAUUUCACUUCGUAAUGCACACUUUUAUGGACGCUGAUAGUUAAUAAAACGCAGUGAGGUGAGCAAAAUGGCGCUGCGUGUGGCGCGAGGUUCCUGCGUGCGACUGUGCGCGCGCUGCGCUAGGACACUGUUACUAAGAGAGCGCGUGACAAACAUUCUAACAGAAUCGGUGCAUGAAGCUGAGGUAAUCCAAAUGACUCUCAGUUACAGAAGUAGUUAAACCAGAGCUUUUUUUUGUAGAGCUUUUGCUAAUUACCGAUAUUUCCACACCAAGGUAGGAUUUUUUCACGUCUUCUUCACUACUUCUGAGAUAUCAAGCAGUAUGUGGUGUGAGCUGCCACACGUAGAGCCUCAUUCGUCCACCGCGUUUCGGUUGGAUCCGAAAGCUCAACCUCCACUUCAGGACAUGUGCAAAGAUGUGUCAGAGGAAGUUCCUGUCCAGCAGGCCAAGUAUCAUAUCCAAGGAUCCCCUCAACAUAGUGCUUUGUCCCUCACCUCACCGACAAGGGCCAACCGUAUGGACCUGCUGAAAAGGGGCUCCCCAAAAUCAAAGGCCCUUGAGAGUCUGAGAGCAAAGAUCCAGCAACAGAGGCUGGAAAAGAUAUCUUCAAAUCCAGUGAUCGAGAUGAAAUGUCAAGAUCACAUAACCAGGAAAGUCUGCAGAGUGAGCAGCAAAGGGGAAAGAAUAUUAACAGGUAUACCUGUGUCUCGAUGGAAGGCCCACAUAAACCCAUCCUCAGGCAAAGACCACCAUAUGAACAGAGUGCUCCAGGGUACUGCUCCUAGAAAACAAGAACAUUAUACUUACAUAUCUGCUUGGAGAGAUGCCCAGAAGCUUGUGAAAGAGGUCUUAGAUUCCCAGUGCUCCAGGGCCUCAGAGUCUCAGGAGGACAACACCAAGAAGCACAAGGGAAAAUUUACACAGAAGGAUCACCAACAGACUGCAGCAUUGAACACUCAGGGUGGUUCAAAACAAAGAUCUAAUGAGCAAAAUGUGAUUGAGAAAUCAUGCCAUCAUCCCCCUAGAAAUAUUUCACUUCCACCUAACCAGGCAACAAACCCUUCUGGUAGCUGUGGUAAAAGUAAUUCUGCCUGGCCGUUGUGUUUGAAAGGGAAAGAGAAUGAAGGUCCGGCCAAACAAAGUACAGCACAGAGGCAAAAGGCGCAAGACGUGCAUGAAUACAUGCAUCAGCAAGUCCUUGAGAGGAGGAGAAGGGAACGACAGAUGAGGAGAAAAGCGGAUUUUGAGCAGGAGAGGAAGAGAAGGAGUGUGCAGGACAUAGUGAAAAAGCAAAAAGAAGCUCUUCACAGGACCAGGAAACAGCAGACACAAGAGUUUGGGAAAAGCAAAAAUGCUGACAAGGGACUAUUUGCUAACAGUACCAAGACUCCUGGACUGCAGCUCAAUGUACAAUGUGGUGUUUUGGAUACAUCCAGAAAUUUGCAGAUGGAGCUGUUUUCUGAUGCCCAGUCAAAGACCAACAAUCCUGUGCGCCUGGCUAAUGUGAAUAGCUCUUUGAUUAUCCAGGCCGAGGCUCAGAGACACAGAGUGGAGGCUCUCAGAAAGAUGAUCGCCUCUCUGGACACACGUGUGGAGAAUGAGACUGUCCGGCUUGGCAUCACUGGUCAUAAAGAGGCUCUGACACACACAAGGCCCACUGGCGAUAAACAUGAAGCUGCAGACAGAAAAAAGAAGAAGAAAAAGGAGUGUGUGUCCAUUAAUGGAAAUGUGCCCAUGAAGAAAGAAAUAAAAAUCAGUGUAGAUGAGCAAGGUUCUCCAGUGAUGUGUGCACUACAAAGUGAACAGAGAACGAUUCAGUGCACAUCAGAUCAAGGUGACGGCAGUGAAAUCACAGAUUCUACUAGUAAGUGGAGUGAACUGAGCGGCAUGUACAGUCAGGGACAGUUCCAGUGCCACCUCUCGCUGGCACAGAGUCAGCAGUUUAUCUGGGAAGAGGAGCUCAGGGCGCGCCAGUUCAGUGCCCUCUUCAGGCUCCGAGAGAAAGCACUGUGGGAGAGAACUCAGGCUGAGCUCGCAUGGUUGGAGCACUGUAAGAAGAAUGCUCUAUCAGAGGAGGAUUCUGUGACUGAAAUCAAGAGGAAGCAGGAAGAAGUUGUAAGCAGAAUGAGACGUGAGGAGGCAGAGAUCCACCAUUGGCGCAAUGUAUACAAAUGUGGGCAGCAACAGCGUCGUCUCCUGCUUUACCAUCACAGAGACAUCCUAGACAUCAAGAAGUCGACUAGUCACUUUCGACAAGUGCUAGAGAACCAGGCCAUGACUGAGACUGAUUCCAGGCCCAGAGACACAGCUUCAGCAAUGGAGGUAAAGAGUUUAAUCACAAAGCCUGGGAUUAUACCAGCUGCCAGCGGCGAAGAAAAGCUGCCAAGUAAGCAGGGGAGGCAAGUGUCACCAUUCACUUCUACUGUCAUGCAUUAAACAGAGGAGAGCCAUUUAGCAUUGUUUUACAGUGGCCAUUGAAGUC